UGAACCGGUCAGUUCAGUGUUAAGUAAAUUCCGCAUUUGUGACGAAAAUUCGAGUGGCGAUUUUAUUUUUAAUUAAUUUCUUUUUAGUGCUAAGUUAAGCAUUACAUUUCUUUUGUGUAUCGUACACCAUGUGUGAGUAGUAUUUCAAUGGAGAUGAUAUCAUUAACUAUUCGAAAUAUCAUGGUUCAAGCUAUCACAGUUCUUACUGUACUGAAAAUGCUAUCCAACGCACAAACUACGUGUAAUCAAGGAAUUGGGCGUAUUGUUUAUGAAAGACUUCCAGAUUAUCAACUUCAAGGCUUUGACGAUGACGUGGUUCGAGAUACAGUGCCACCAUUCCGUGUUUUAGAAAAAUGCCAAGAACUGUGUUUGCGUGAUCGAACAGCUGCAAACAACUUAGUUCGAACAUGCACUUCCUUUGAUUUUCAACCCGGCACCCGAAUAGCUUCAUUUGGUGGUACAGUCGAAUAUGAAGAAUCAACGUGUUACCUGACCAGAGAACAGGCUCAUCCGGAAGGAAUUGGAGUCUUGGUACAAGUACCUAAUUCAGUACAUUAUACAGAAGUUUGUCUAUCAUCAAGUCGCAUAGAGAGAGAAUGCGCUAACAGACACUAUGUAUUUGAAAGACACCCCAGAAAAAAAUUGAAAAUGCCACCUACGGCUGAAUACAAAGAAGUAAUAGCCGCUAAUAGAACAGACUGUGAAGAUAAGUGUCUUAACGAGUUUACAUUUGUUUGUCGAUCAGCAUCAUAUGACUCUACAGGAAAAACCUGUUGGUUAAGUAGAUUUACUAGACGAUCAAAUCCAGAACUAUUGGAAGAUGAUCCCACAUCAGACUAUUUAGAAAAUACUUGUUUGAGUGUGGAGAAAAGAUGUGAUGGUCAAAUUAUUUUUGUCAAAGAAGAAAACAAAAGACUGGCUGGUCCUUUUGAAGUUGAUAUUUUUGCUAACCUGUCUUUGAUCGAAUGUCAAGCUCAGUGUCUCCGAGCUGAAAAAUACUUCUGUCGAGCAAUUGAAUAUGAUGAAAUUUUAAGAAGAUGUAUAGUAUUUGAAGAAGAUUCAAUGUCACAAAGAGAUGACUUGCGUGUUAACACCAAUCCAACACCUUAUGACUUGUACGAUGUUGUCUGUCUUGAUGGUGCUGGUGAUUUUGUCAAAGGUCCCGAAAAAGAAUUUUCAGAUAAUACGCCUUAUCUAUUUGCUGACGGAGGCCGAAGACCAGACACAGCAUUCCAAAGAUAUAGAAAUAGUCGAUUAGGUGGCGAAUUUCAUUCAGAAAUUACAGGAAAAUCGUUGAGUGAAUGCUUAGAUGAAUGUUUACGUCAAGCUAGUUUCCAAUGCCGAUCAGCAGUUUAUAGCGAGCGUUUCCGUAUUUGUAGAUUAAGUCGUUUUAGCCAAAGAGAUGGUCAUCGGGUGAUAUAUGAUGCAGAUUAUGAUUACUACGAAAACUUAAUAAGCAAUCCAACACUUGGAAGACCAACAGAACCUGGCCCUCUUGAGCAAGGAUCAAAUUUCUUAGGUAACGGUGGUAGACCAUUACCAUCGUAUACAGCUAAGCCACCUAUUAGCGGAUUUGGUGGUAUAUAUGGAGGAGGAUCCUACCCACAUUAUGUUGGAAACGGUGGCGUUGGUAAUAUGGGAGGUGUUGGUGGGAUUGUCAGUCAACAACCAUUUGAUGUACGAGGUCCAUCUGGAGGAGGAGGAUCAGCUUAUUGGGCAACUCAUGGAAACGUUCCUUCUUAUGCAGGCUCUAGUCCUGGAAUAGUUGGAUCAUCGUUACCACCUUAUACACCUUCGUCUUUAUCACCGUUAGGAUCAUCUUUAGGUCCUUCUAUUGGACCAUCAUUAGGACCAUCAUUUGGAGGUUCAUCAUUUGGGCCAGCUAUUGGCUCUUCUUUAGGUCCACAAUUUGGUGUAUCGCCAGGCCCGGCAUAUUUUAAUGGAGGCAGUGCCAUAGAUAAUAGACCUCCAUUGAGAUGUGAUGAAGGAACUGAUGGAUUUAAACAAAUGGGAGUACGGAUGCGAAUGGCUAGAGGAUUAAUAAGACGUACAAUUAACGUACCUACGUUGGCACAUUGUGAACAAGAAUGUGCUUUAGCAAGAGAUUUCAACUGUCGGUCGUUCAAUUUCAGAACUAUUAUACCACUAUAUGGAGGCACUCAUAAUUGCGAACUUAGUGAUCAAGAAUCAUCACGUUUCUUGACCAACGAUCAUUUAGGAUCCGCUUAUUUCGAGAACCAUGCAGAUUAUGAUUUUUAUGAACGGACGACAAUAGGAAACCGAAUGGGACAAGACUGUCUUGAUGUAACUCAAGACUGUAAUGAAGAUGGUAUGGAGUUUACUCUGAGAACACCAGAAGGAUUUUUGGGAAGAAUAUACACUCAUGGUUACUAUGACAGGUGUUUUUUUAGAGGAACUGGAGGUACAGCAAAUGUAUUGCGAAUAACAGGUGCUCAAGGAUAUCCGGAUUGCGGAACAAUGAGGUUUGGUGACAUGAUGACAAAUAUAGUUGUAGUACAAUUUAGUGAUUAUGUUCAAACUAGUAGAGAUAAACGUUACAAUCUUACUUGUUUAUUUCGAGGGCCAGGCGAGACUGUCGUCACAUCCAAUUACAUGACGGCCAAUUCUGGCAGUCCAAUUCCAAUAGAAUACUUACCAGCCGAAAACUCAUUGAGUUCUCGAGUUCGACUUAUGAUUUUAUUCCAAGGUCGACCAACACAAACUAUCGCUGUGGGGGAUCCAUUGACUUUUCGCAUAGAAUCUCAAGAUGGGUACAAUAACUAUGGUAGUAAUAGUGAUAUAUUUGCUACCAACGUUGUAGCUCGAGAUCCAUACAGUGGACGAAGCGUUCAACUUAUAGAUCGUUAUGGGUGUCCAGUUGAUAAUUUUGUUUUUCCUGGUUUGGAUAAAUCUCGAGAUGGCGAUGGAGGUUUAGAAGCUAGAUUCCAAGCUUUCAAGAUUCCUGAAUCUAACUUUUUAGUUUUUGAAGCAACUGUCCGUACAUGUCGAGAUCAACCUUGUCAACCUGCUUAUUGUAAUUCAUUACAUCCUGGAGGUAGAACAGAAACGUCACUGGGACGUAGACGGAGAGAUGUUAGCCAAAACGACACAGAAGAUGCUAAUGAGGAAACGGAAGAAGAAAAAGUUCAUCAAGUAAUUGAAGUCUUUGAAAGUCGAAAUGAUAUGCCUACUAUGGAACAACAAAAUUCAGUAGAAGCAAUAGUUGCACAGAAACUAGUUUGUUUAUCAAAUAGAGAGUAUUAUAGUAUGAUCUUCACUUUAUUCAUGUUUUUAGCAUUGCUGAUUACGGUUUGCUUAUCUGCUGGAAUAUAUUACAAACGAUACUGGCUUUUGAUGACUAAAGAAAAAAUGAUAAACACUAGUUGUAAUAGUAGUACAAAUGACAGACAAAGUACUGGACAUGGAAGAGCUUUUUCAUCUGUAGGACGUCGUAGUUUUUUCUCGAAUUUCAGCGGUCGCAAGCCGUUUCGAAAUGCUUUUUGUAACUUACAUAGGGCACACCAAGAAGAAAUUCCAUCAGAUCCUACUGUGAAUCAAAUGGUUAUUGGUGACAUAAAUAAAGGAUUUGUUAAAGACCCUAGUGAACCAAUUUACACUGACCCAUCACUAUUUGAGGAACGUUCCCGUAGUCUGCGUAGUAUUUCAACAACAGUCGGUCAAAAUCGUACAGCGUUUAAAAACGAUCCUGUUCUCUUGUGUCACUGACACAAUAGUAUAGAUUUUAGAGUAUACAUGUAAUAAUUAAGCUUAAAAUAUUUUUACCUUAUUAAUAAUGUUUGUAAUUCUAAUAUUUUUACCUUAUUAAUAAUGUUUAUAAUUCUAAUAUUUUUAAAAAUUCAUAAUAAUUUCUAUUUAAAAGUUAAAAAUAAAAUAUUUGUUUUUCAUUAUUUAGAAUAAAUAGUAUUUCAUUAGUAAUUUUACAGCUUUAACAAUUUGUUUAAAAUCUCAAACUGUAAUUCUGUUCGAAGUAAAUAUUAAUCAAAUUUUUUAACUAUUAAUUUAAUGUACGAAACAAUGCAAAAUUUGCGAAUUUUUUUGAUCUAGUAAAAUAGGUAUAAAUUACAAUAAACUUUUUAACAAGUUUAACUGUUCGAUUGAUAAAAAUUGGCAUUCAUAUUCCUUUAUUAAUUUUUUAUUUUAAAAUAAAAUUAACAUUAUAACUAUUCAUAUAGAUUAAUAAUAUAAUUUUUUUAUGUUGUAUAAGUCAAUUUUUUAAUUUAACUAAUUAUUAUUAUUUAGAUUGUAACAUUCAUAUACACGUUUUAUUUAUUAUGUAAUUCUAAUCAAUGGCGGAUUUAAGGGGGAUCCGGGAGGUCUUAACUCCUCUCAAAGACAUCAAUAUUUUUACAACAUAUUAUAUAUAAGGUAAAAGACUCUGAUACUUAAUCCAAGUAAAUUUUAUUCUUUAAAAAAACACCAAAAAAGAAUCAAAUCUGCCACUGAUUCUAGUAUAAAAUCUAUAUCUUAAAAUUAUGUUUAUGUGCACCGAGAUAUUUCAUAACAAUUUAUUGUGAUAAAAUAGAUUAAGUGUUUAAGGCGCAUUAUAUGUAAAAAAAACUGUAAAUACACAAUAAUUAGUAUAAAUGUGAUUUUAUUAUAAAAAAAUUUAAUCUUUCGGAAAAUAAUUUUAUUUUAU